AUGAAGAUGCUGUUAGCAUUUAUUCUCCUAAUUACUGAGACACAAACAUCUAUGGCUCAUAAACCAGCCCCUAAGUCUGCUGAUAUUGUUUUUUUGGUUGCUAGCAGUAACACAUCUUCACGCCAUGUCAAAAUGUUUAUUAGCAAAGCAAUCAAUAGCUUGCCACUAGGUCCUAAGGAAUAUCACAUUGCACUUGCUCAAUAUAAUGACCAUGUGUACAGUGAAUUCCAGCUAGAUACCUAUAAAGGGAAGAAUCCAAUGUUGAACCAUAUCAAAAAUAAAGUUGUGUUCAAAGGUGGGCCCCUGAAAACUGGCAAUGCUCUCCACAAGGUUCAUGAUAUCUAUUAUUGGAAACCAACCCCUGAAAGUGACAAGUCCAAGAUUUUGAUAGUUAUGACAUCUCGACCAUCUCAUGAUGAUGUAGAAGAAGGUGCCAAAAUGUUGCAGAAAGCUGGAGUGAAAGUCAUUGCACUGGGGAUGGAGGAUGCUUCUUAUGAUGAACUAAUUCUGAUGGCCACGAAACAAUUUCAUUUCUUUUUUCCUAGACUAGAAGAACUAAUUUUAUUUUCUCAGAACAUUUCUGGAAUCAUUAUAGAUGCCAUCCAUGGAGGUAUUAAUAACAACAACCAAGUUUUAACCAAUACAACAGCUGAGAACAAAGUAAAUAAUGGAAUAGCAUUAGAAGCUUGCGAUGGUGACUCAGUUGCUGAUGUGGUGUUCAUAGUGGAUGCAGGUUCUUCGCAAACCAAAUUUGAGAAGAUUCAAACCUUUUUGGAAAAGCUGGUGUCUUCUUUGAAUGUGAAGGAGAAAUGCAUAAGGGUUGGCUUGGUGACAUUCAGCACUAAGCCCCAGGUGAUAUUUUUGCUGAAGAUGGAAAUGAAUAAGACUCAAGUUCUGCAAUACAUACAAAGCCUUUCUCCCAAGGCAGGAAAGGCUAACACUGACUCUGCCAUUCACUUUACAAGGGAGAAAGUCUUCACUGAAAGUUCAGGGAGCAGGAAGACCCAAGGGGUGGAACAAAUAGCCCUUCUUAUCACCCACAGGUCUUCAGAAGAUGGUGUGAGUGAUGCUGCCACAGUUCUCAGGAGAGCUGGGGUGACUGUGUUUGCCAUUGGCAUUGAAGGAGCUAAUGCCACUCAGUUAGCCCGGGUAGCUACGUACCCAUCACACCAAUAUGUCACUCACCUCAGAACAUUUUCCCAUUUGCCACAUCAAGCUCUGUUAUUUCACAAGAAGAUUGUGAAUCAGAUACAGCAAAAGCUUUACAUGGACACCAAAAGAGCAGAACUUCUCAAGAGAGGUUGUGUGGUUACAGAAGAAGCUGACAUUUAUUUCCUCAUUGAUGGUUCUUCGUACCUCGAUUAUUUUGACUUUAUGGAUCUGAAAUUGUUUUUGAAAGAAGUGGUUAAAUUUUUUACAACAGGACCAAAUAAGGUUCGCUUUGGAGUUGUGCAAUACGCAGAAAUAAACGAACUGGAAUUCGGACUUGAAGAAUAUAGCAAAACAAGUGAUAUAUUGAAAGCCAUCGAUAACAUCCGCCAGUUAGGUGGGAGCCCUCACACUGGAGCAGCUUUGACAUUCAUUCAACCUUUGUUAACAAGGCCACACGGUCAGCAUUCCAGAAGGGUGCCCUGCCAUCUGAUAGUGUUAACGCACCGGAAGUCAGAGGACCAUGUUGAGGGAGCUGCCAAGAGAUUAAGAGAUGAGAUGGUCAACAUUUAUGUCAUUGGUGUCAGACAUUCUAAUGAGUCACAGAUUUAUCAGAUGGCGGAGUCACAGGACAGAGUUUAUUCUGUGAACGAUUUUGCUUCACUGAAGCAUAUAAAGAACGAUGUUGUUUGAGAGAUCUGUGCUGUAGAAGCCUGCAAAGAAAAGAAAGCUGACAUUCUGUUUCUGGUGGAGAGCUCUGGUAGGAUAGGCCCUGAGAACUUUGCGAAAAUGAAGGCCUUCAUGAUUGAACUGGUGAACAAAUCUGACAUUGGUCCAGACAGAGUGCACAUUGGCAUUGUCCAGUUCAGUGGCAGAAACCAAGAAGAGUUCCGGCUCAACCAGUACUCAUCAAAAAGAGACAUCAUUAAUGCUAUUAGGAGAAUGUCUCUUAUGGGACAGAACCCACUUACUGGGGGAGCACUGCAAUUUGUGUUCAAUUAUUUCAAGCCUGCCAAAGGGGCACGGGCCUAUGUCAAGAAAAUUCUUAUCCUGAUCACAGAUGGGGAAGGGCAAGAUGAAGUGAAAGACCCUGCAGAAGCUUUAAGAGAGGAAAGCAUCAUUAUCUAUUCGCUGGGGACGUUUCAUGCAAAUAAAAUGCAGCUGACAGAGAUAAGUGGGAAGCCUGAGAUGGUGUUUUUUGUGGAGGGCUUUGAUGUUCUGAAGCACUUAGAAAGUGAGAUUCUCUUUGGAAUAUGUAGUCCUUAUGAUGAGUGCCGAAGGAUUGAACGCUUAGAUAUUGUUUUCGUCGUUGAUGGCUCUGGAAGCAUAGAUCCCAAAGAAUAUGACAUUAUGAAGGACUUCAUGAUUACCUUGGUGAAAAAAUCUGAUGUUAGGCAUGACCAAGUUCAAUAUGGAGCUGUCAAAUAUUCUGCCGAGCCAGAAACAUUUUUCUUUCUGAACACCUACAGUACAAAAUCUGCAAUCAUUAAGGCUAUCCAGAAUGAUAAACCUAUUGGGGAAACGACAUACACAGCCAAGGCAUUGCGACACUCAGAAGGUCUUUUCUCCGAGGAGCAUGGCAGCCGAAAGCACCGGGGUGUCCCCCAAGUCCUUAUAGUGAUAACCGAUGGGGACUCCCACAAUACAGCAGAGCUUGAUGAAGUGUCCAGGCGGCUCAGGGCCCAUGGCAUUGUCAUCUAUGCCACUGGGAUAGAAAGAGCCAAGCCUAGUGAGCUCCUGACCAUAGUAGGAGCGGAAGACAAAUAUUUCUACGUAAACACAUUUGAAGGACUGAAAAAACUGUAUCCCCAAAUAUCUGACAAUAUAUGCGGUAUUUCAAAACCAGAAUGUGGAAUUCCGGCUGAUCUUGUAUUCCUGAUUGAUGGGUCUAACAGUAUAAGUGAUAGUGACUUCAACAAGAUGAAGAUUUUUUUGCAAGAUAUGGUUCAUCCAUUUGACACUGCUCACAAAGUACAAGUUGGCAUUGCUCAGUACAGUUACAGGUACAGGGAAUAAUUCAGCUUGGAUGUUUUCCCAUGCAAAGCAGAACUUGAAACUCAAAUUGGACUCAUCAGACAGAUGGAAGGACUUCAGACAUACACUGGUGCAGCUCUUGAGAGAGUGAAGCACUACUUUACACCAGAAGGUGGCAGUAGAGUUAAUGAAAACAUCCAACAGAUUUUGCUGGUGAUCACAGAUGGUUGAUCACAUGACAAAGUUGUGAAAGCCGCAGAAGAUCUGAGAAAGAAAGGUGUUGACAUAUAUGCCUUAGGGGUAGGGAAAAUCGACCAUUUGCUGCUUAGUCAGAUAGCUGGCUCCUCAGAUAGGAAGUACACAGUUGAUAAUUUCAGUGAACAGAAGGAUAAAAAAAGACUAGUUGAUGAUAUUUGUGAAGAAGAAUAUAAAACAACAUGUUUCAUGGAUGUUGUUGUGGGAAUCGAUGUCUCCUCACAAAGUCUAGGUGACCAUGUAUUCCAUGGACAGUCCCAGCUGGAAAUGUACCUUCCUAAAAUUAUAAAUGCUCUCACAUCCUUAACUAGUGUGAGCUGCAGUGCAGGAUCACAAUCUCAAACCAGUGUAGCACUGAAAGUGACAAACACAGAUCCACUAGUGACAUCAAAGUUCCAAAUUGACAGUGAAAAACUUUUGAAGAGUCUUGUGGGAACCACCAUCAAGAAUGCGUCUCACCUUAACGCAGACUUUUUGGAUUCACUUUGGGAAACCUUCCAAAUCAAAUCUGCUAAUCAAAGAAAGGUGCUCCUUGUGUUUUCGGAUGGCUUGGAUGAUGAUAUAGAAAUCCUGGAGCAGAAGUCAGACGAACUCAAGCAAAAGGGUUUGGAUGCACUGAUAACUGUUGUUCUGGAAGGAGCUGCAAAUUUUAAUGAUCUUCAAUAUAUUGAAUUUGGAAAAGGGUUUGGAUACAGGACCCAACUGAAUAUUGGCCUGAGAAAUAUCGCCAGCCAGUUGUUCAAGUACAUUGCCAACAUCGCUGAACGAACAUGUUGCUGUGUGUUUUGCAAAUGUAUUGGUGAAGAGGGAGAAGGUGGAGACAGAGGAAGACAUGGGAUGAAGGGUCUUCAAGGUGUUAAAGGAAGCCCGGGACACUUGGGAGAAGAAGGGGAACCUGGCCAAAGAGGUUGCCCAGGACCAGAUGGAGAAAAGGGCUACCCAGGUUGCAAAGGAAACAGAGGACCAAAGGGGCAGAGAGGAAUAAUUGGCCGAAAGGGCAGCCCAGGACCAAGGGGACUCCCUGGUGAGCGUGGUGAGAAGGGCUUCCAAGGAGAUCCUGGUACUGCGGGACUAGACAAUGACAUAGCUGGACCAAGGGGUUUAGAAGGGGAAAGAGGAAGAGAGGGUGAGAGGGGACCAAGAGGCCACCCAGGAUUUCCUGGCUCAAAAGGAUCCAGAGGACGUCAAGGUCAAAGAGGCCAUCAAGGCCCCCAGGGAAGAAGAGGAACCUCUGGUCUUAGUGGUUUUCCUGGACCGCAAGGAUUUAAAGGUCCACAGGGUGAAAGAGGAAUUCAAGGAAUGAAUGGAAUGAAAGGAAGUCAAGGAAGGAAAUAUCUAUACUGUGAACCUUGCUGCAGUUUGAUAAAUGCUUCUAUGCAUCUAAAUGCAACCAAAAGUGUUGGGCAAAAAGGAUUUCCUGGAGCUAUGGGUCAGAAGGGUGAUGUCAGCGACCCUGACAUUCCAGGAGAAUGUGGGCCAAAAGGAAUCCUUGGGCAAAUGGGUCCGGCAGGUGCUACUGGCCUGAAAGGUACAUUGGGAGAUCAUGGUCCUCCAGGACAUAGGGGUAUUAAAGGAGUAAAGGGUGCAGCUUCCUUUUCAGUAUGUAUCCAUCACAUGUACCAUAAAUGUAAGCCAAAUACUACAUGCAAACGUACCAGAAGAACCCACCCGCUAUGGGCAUACGUGGAUACUGCUUUCAUUUUGGAUACCUUGCAGACAAUGAGUCCCAGUGAAUUUGAGAAGCUGAAGGGAUUCUUGAGCAGUGCAUUUGACAAUUUUGAUGUUUCCUCUGAGCCAGUGACAUCUUCUGUAGGUGACAGGGUGGCUGUGGUUAGCCACACUCCACCAUCCUUCAAGCCCCAGAUGCAGCAUCCUCCAGUAAAAAAAGAGUUUGACUUGGUGACUUAUGGCAGGACACAGUCAAUGAGAAGACAUAUCCAAGAAUCUCUUCAACAGCUGGGGGGAGGAGCUGCCAUCGGCCAUGCCAUCCAGUGGACAAUUAACCAUGUUUUCUCAGGAGCUCCCAGCCUGAGGAAACACAAGGCCCUCAUUGUUAUAUCUGCUGGGGAAACAAGUCAGUGGGAUAAAGAAGCAUUCAAAAAAGUGUCUCUGAGAGCCAAGUGCCAAGGUUAUGCCCUGUUGGUGCUAUCCUUGGGACAGGCAUACAAUAGGACAGAACUUGAGGAGCUGGCAAGUCGACCCUUGGAGCAGCAUUUGAUUCAGCUUGGCACACUUCACAAGCCUGAACUGAAAUAUGCACUUAUGUUCCUGAAACCAUUUCUAUACCUCCUUCGGAGUGGAAUCAACAGCUAUCCACCAGCUGAACUCAGAACAAAAUGUCACAAGGUCACCUCUCAAAAAUCAAGAUACACUUCAAGGAAUCUAAGCCUCAUGUAA